GCUUGCUUGACUCGUGUCACGAGUCUUGUUCUCCCUUCUCUGCUGGUUUUGUGGGUGUUCGUUGACGUGCUUUGCCCGUCGUGUCUGUUAAAAACAAGUACAGACAGCUCCUGAAGAUGUGCCCGGAUUAAACAUAUUGAUGAUCAAGAGGUCUCUUCGGCAUACGCGGCAUGUCACCACGUCUUUGAUGUUUUUGAUGUGAACCGUCUAUGAACGAUUGGAUCCAGAAGUGCCUUAGGCUGGGGGUACAUGCGCAAGUAGUGUGUAUAGCCGGUCAGAGAGUGGGCACAAGAUGUCAUCUCCUCGUGCCACAUCAUCGUUCCCGCACGGAAAGUUAUCAGGAAUUGGCCUGGAUGAUUGUGGAGGCAGUGGGCACCUACAUGAGUUUUGCUCUAGUAGAAGUAGCUCCCUGCACUUUCGCUUACCUCAAGGUUUGUCCAGAGCUGCCAGCGUCACAGAAACACUGUCAGACCACGUCUCUACGGUCACUAUGAAAGGUGAUAACAGGGGCAUUAGCAUGCAUUUAUAGAUACAUAGAUAAUGAUUACCAUCUUUGACAGUUCCUCUGGGAAUGGAAAUUUGAAAGGUUACUACAGCGGCGACUGCUCCUGUUGCAAAA